GCGGUUUUUCAAUGUUGGUCACUCACCGCAGGUCUCCCCAGUCGUUGCUCAGGCAAGCCCACAGGAGCAACCGCUCGAACGUACCACAAACGCCAAAAACGCGCAAGUCAGGACUUUUUGGGAGCAUCGGCGCCAUGCGCUACGGUACAAAUGGCGCAGGGAGCGUACACGGAUCAGAAACUUCACGCUCUACUAGUGGGACCACAUGGUAAUGCUAUCGAAUCGGACCUCCGGAAAAAGUAUGGAAAGCUUGGUAAAGUCCUUGGCGUGGCGCUGGGCGGAACGGUACGUAUCCUCUCGAGAUCAUCUGAUCACAAGACCUUUGCCAUCAAGCAGUUCAGGAAGCGUCGACCAAGCGAGUCUGAGCGGUCCUAUGUGAAGAAGGUUACAUCUGAAUAUUGUUUAGGAUCCACAUUUCAUCACCCAAACAUCAUUGAAACACUGGAUAUCGUAAAGGAAGGAGGCAACUAUUAUGAGGUUAUGGAGUAUGCAAGGUAUGAGCUGUUCUCGGCUGUGAUGUCAGGUCUGAUGACUCGAGAAGAGGUUGCUUGCUGUUUCAAGGGCAUUGUCGAUGGGGUCGCCUAUCUUCAUAGUAUGGGCGUUGCUCAUCGGGAUUUGAAGCUCGAUAACUGCGUAAUGAAUGAGCGUGGGAUUGUCAAGAUUAUUGACUUUGGCUGCUCCAUGGUCUUUCAGCCUCCGUUUGAGAAGAAGAUUGAAAUGGCAAAAGGAAUUUCUGGAUCGGACCCAUACAUUGCUCCUGAAGUAUUUGUGACAGAUCAACACGACCCUCGCUUAGCCGAUGUCUGGUCAAUGGGCAUUAUUUUUUAUGUAUGACAUUGCGUCGUUUCCCAUGGAGGGUUCCGAGAGCAGAGCAGGACCAGUCGUUCCUGGCAUUUGCAAAUCCUGAUGGAACUGGGAAGCUACGCCUUUUAAAGCUGAUGCCUCGUGAGAGUCGUCCGAUCAUGUCCCGAAUCCUGGAGAUAGAUCCUAGCAGGCGUGUGCUAAUAGGGGAUGUCGUGCAGGAUCCUUGGAUAACGAAUAUUGACCAUUGUAUACUAUGAAUAUAUGUCACCAAACCAUCCACACCAUCUCGGUGAUGAUGGAACUAUCGUCUUAAACCCGAAUGAAGGAACCGCGGCUUUACCACCGUCAAUCCAUGGAAGUGAAAGUGGAGUGUCUUAAGAAACAGCAGCCCCUCAUUAAAUCUAAGCAUAU